CAAUAACAAUGUUCAAAUUGCUCUUCUUCUUUGCCCUUUUGGCUCUUGCCUUGGCUGUCCCCAAACCUGGCCCAGUUCCUGGACCUCAACCAAAUCCGCAAUUUUACGCCGUGCCAGCCUAUUCCACCUACGCAGCCUAUCCCUACGCCUAUGGAUGGGGUGGAUUAGUGUACUAGGAUUCUGGAUCUGGAUAUGGCCAUCUACCAACGUUGUUUUGUAAUUUUAAGUUUGCUGUGUUAAAUUUUAAGUGAAUCUAAACUUUAUGAUGCUAAAUAAAUAAAUAAAUAUCAAAA